UCGCUUGUUUUGAUUGGUUGCUCCCGGCCCCGGACUCGCGGAUUGUUCCUGUUCCGGUUCCGAUUCUGGUUCCGGUGGCUGCUCGGCAGUCACCAUGAUCGGGGACAUCUUGCUGUUCGGGACGCUGUUGAUGAACGCGGGAGCCGUGCUCAACUUCAAGCUGAAAAAAAAAGACACCCAAGGGUUUGGGGAGGAGUCAAAGGAGCCAAGUACAGGUGACAACAUCAGGGAAUUCCUACUGAGUCUCAGAUAUUUUCGAAUCUUCAUUGCCUUAUGGAAUAUUUUCAUGAUGUUUUGUAUGAUUGUGUUAUUUGGCUCUUGAAAGUCAUGGCUUGAAAAUCGGGAGCCAACCUUGUAGGACGUUGAUUCUGUUUCUGACAACUUUGAGAAUGUGUUUGACCAGAAACUGUUGACCUUCCUGCAGAGUAAAAGUUUGUGGGACCAGGGGUGGGGUGGGGAAAAGAUGUAUGCAAAGAUCACAAAGGUCUUCUAGCCACAGUUUUAAUUUUCAAAGGACACUUUAAUGUAGCCUUUGAAAUUCAGCUCAAUUAACUUGUUAUUUGAUAUUUGAAAGGUAUUAAAAGUGCUGGGGUAAAUUUUCACUCCCUUCAAAUAAAGAAAUAUGUCUAGAUCUGGCAUGGAAACAAACUAACCUCUAGAGGAUUGCUUUAGAAGAAUCUGUAUUUAAAGUUUAUUUUUUGUGAACCCGAUUUUUGGUUUUGAAAACAAAACUGUUAUUUGUAGUAUUUGUAGAGAACUAUAAAUUCUCUUAGUACCUGUACACAGCUUAGUAGCUAGUCAGUUUUAAGCUCCAGUGUGGUCUUUUUCUUACUAAAGUUUCUAAGUAAGCUUUGCUGGACCAGAAAGCGGUGGUUGCACUGUGUUAAUCUAUUGGAGCUCUUGGACAGACACAGUUCUCAUUACUAAGUCAGGAUAGAUAUUCAGAUCCACUGGUUAGUAUACUAAUUUACUAUCUUGUUUUAGGAAACAGAUGCUCCUUUAUAGGAGAAGCUAAUUUUAACACCUCAACAGAGGGAGGAAGAGAACUUUAUGACUUUAGUGAAACACUUAAAGAUUUAAAAAAACUCACUUUUUAGUUUUUGGUACCAACAAUCUUAGGGAAAACAUUUUAAAAGUCUCUUCACCUCAAAGUCCUUUUUAGUCAAGGUAUUUUAUUAAAUAAGAGCCGGGGUAUUAUUUAGUUAUGAUAUUAAGGCUUCAUUCUAAGUGUUUGAUCUCCUUGGACUGCCUUUUAGUUGGUAAUUUAUAGGGCAAAGAAAUUGGCACUGCUAUAUGUAACCCGAUGAAUUUUGGAAUUCUCAGUUUAAAAAGUGAUGAAACAAGAGAUGAAAUUGCCAAAAGGAAAUUCUGGGGUCAGAUCACUACACUCAAAAAGACUCUUAUGUUAUUAUUUGUUCUUUUUUUUAAUUCUUUAUUUGUAAAGAAUCCCAAGGAGGGAAAAGACAUGUGGAGAUUUGCAAAAACUAGUAUUGAAAAUAAAAUUUCUGUAAAAGGA